GCGGCGGUCCAGUGCGCAUGCGCAAGAGUAGCCUCCCGCUUCACAAUAUGGCGUAACAGUCGGACUAAACGCUGUUAAAGGAGGUGAAUUCAGACACAAAAGAAAAAAAAGUUUUGACCCAAACACAAGAAGUGAGUUUAUUGCUAAAAGUCAGUGGGGUCUGGGUUGUUUUUGAGUGGAUAUCAUGUUUUUAAAGGAUAAUUUUUCUACGAGGCUUUAGAGUCGCGCAACUUGGUGAAGUGGACGAAUGUUUGUGCAGGUCAAAAGGUAGUCCAAGAUGGCUGCAGCAUCAUAUGAUCAGCUGCUGAAGCAAGUGGAGGCCCUGAAGAUGGAGAACUCCAACCUGAGACAAGAGCUCGAGGACAACUCGAACCACCUCACCAAGCUGGAGACCGAGGCCUCUAAUAUGAAGGAGGUGCUGAAGCAGCUCCAAGGAAGUAUUGAAGACGAUUCAAAAGAUUCCCAAGGCCAGAUUGACUUUUUGGAGAGGCUUAAAGAGAUAAAUCUGGAGCCUAGUAGUUUCUCAGGGGUUAAGCUGAGACCGAAGGCGUCCAUGCCAGGCUCAAGUUCAGGCCGCUCCGCUGACAGCAGCCCCAUGGGCUCCUUUCCCAGGAGAGGAGUGACCAACGGGGGCAGAGACAGCGCCGGAUACCUGGAAGAGCUGGAAAAGGAGAGGUCCUUGUUAAUGGCUGAGCUUCAGAAAGAGGAGAAAGAGAAGGAUUGGUACUACGCGCAGUUGCAAAACCUCACCAAAAGGAUCGACAGCCUGCCGCUGACUGAGAAUUUCUCAUUACAGACAGACAUGACUCGCAGGCAGCUGGAAUACGAGGCCCGGCAGAUCCGGGCAGCAAUGGAGGAGCAGCUGGGCACAUGCCAGGACAUGGAGAAGAGGGCACAGGUUCGGUUGGUGCGUAUCCAGCAGAUCGAGAAGGACAUGCUGAGGCUGCACCAGCACUUACAAUCCCAGCCUUCAGAAUCUGAGGCCAAGCAUGACCUCAUGGCCCAGGCUGAGGGAGCACAGGCAUCAGGAGACUCAGUCAUAGGAAAUGGAGCUUGCUCUCAGGGCGCAAGCUCUCGUGUGGAUCACGACACAGCCACUGAGAUGAGUAGUGGAGGAAGCUACUCGGUACCACGCAGACUUACCAGUCAUUUGGGCACCAAGGUGGAAAUGGUGUACUCUCUGCUCUCCAUGCUGGGCACUCAUGAUAAGGACGACAUGUCUCGCACUCUCUUGGCCAUGUCCAGUUCUCAGGACAGUUGUAUAGCCAUGCGUCAAUCUGGCUGCCUGCCACUGCUUAUCCAGCUCCUCCACGGCAAUGACAAGGACUCUGUUCUGCUGGGCAACUCUCGAGGCAGCAAAGAGGCCCGAGCCAGGGCCAGUGCUGCCCUACAUAAUAUCAUCCACUCGCAGCCAGACGACAAGCGCGGCCGGAGAGAGAUCCGGGUGCUCCACUUGCUGGAACAGAUCAGGGCUUACUGCGAGACCUGCUGGGAAUGGCAGGAGAGCCAUGAGCGCGGAGUAGACCAAGAUAAAAACCCAAUGCCUUCCCCUAUGGAGCACCAGAUCUGCCCAGCUGUUUGUGUUCUCAUGAAGCUGUCCUUUGAUGAGGAGCAUAGACAUGCAAUGAACGAACUUGGUGGACUGCAGGCUAUAGGCGAACUGUUGCAGGUGGACUGUGAAAUUUAUGGCCUUACAAGUGACCACUACAGUGUCACACUAAGAAGAUAUGCUGGCAUGGCUUUAACUAACUUAACUUUUGGAGAUGUAGCCAACAAGGCCACACUUUGUUCCAUGAAGGGUUGUAUGAGGGCCAUGGUAGCUCAACUGAAAUCCGAGAGUGAGGAUUUGCAACAGGUAAUUGCCAGUGUGUUGAGAAACCUGUCUUGGCGUGCUGAUGUCAAUAGUAAAAAGACAUUGCGUGAGGUUGGCAGUGUUAGGGCUCUAAUGGAGUGUGCCCUUGAGGUUCAGAAGGAAUCAACACUAAAAAGUGUGCUUAGUGCCCUUUGGAAUUUAUCUGCUCAUUGCACGGAAAACAAGGCUGAUAUCUGUUCUGUUGCUGGCGCAUUGGCCUUUUUAGUGAGCACUCUAACCUACAGAAGCCAAACCAACACCCUUGCAAUUAUAGAAAGUGGUGGAGGCAUCUUGAGGAAUGUUUCAAGUCUUAUAGCUACAAAUGAGGAGCACAGGCAAAUCCUGCGGGAGAGCAGCUGUCUGCAGACUCUUCUUCAGCAUCUCAAAUCUCACAGCUUAACUAUAGUGAGCAAUGCCUGUGGAACUCUGUGGAACCUCUCUGCUCGAAAUGCAAAAGACCAGGAGGCAUUGUGGGAUAUGGGUGCCGUUAGUAUGCUAAAAAACCUGAUUCACUCCAAGCACAAAAUGAUUGCUAUGGGUAGUGCUGCAGCUCUGAGAAACCUCAUGGCCAAUCGGCCUGCCAAGUACAAGGACGCAAACAUAAUGUCUCCUGGAUCUAGCCUGCCUUCACUACAUGUAAGAAAACAGAAAGCACUAAUUGAAGAACUGGAUGCACAGCAUCUUUCAGAAACUUUUGAUAAUAUAGAUAAUUUGAGUCCCAAGGCUUCUCACAGGAGCAAGCCUCGGCACAAGCACAACGUUUAUGGCGAUUACGAUGGGGUUUGCAGGUCAGAUGGUUUUAACACUAGUGGUGUUGGUGUUCGCUCCCCUUACUUGAACACACCAGUGCUAUCCAGCCCAUCUUCUCGGGAGAAUAGAGGCAAUGCAGACAGCGUUAGGGCUGAGAGAGAUAAGAGUCUGGAUCGGGAGCGAAGAGGUGUCCACCCAGAUCCCGACUCGGGUAAAAGAAUGGGAAUGCAAAUUUCUACCACUGCAGCACAAAUAGCAAUGGUAAUGGAAGAAGUACAAAGCAUGCACUUGGGCCUAGAUGACCGAAAUGCUGGAUCUACUCCGGACCCUCACAUAGUUCAGGAUGACCUCAUCAGACGGCAGGCUGGGGUUCACAGUCACCAAAACAUGUACAACUAUAGUAAACCAGAUGCAUCAGGCAGACCUUGCCCAAUGCCCAAACUGGAGUAUAGAGCAUCUAAUGACAGCCUUAAUAGUGUCAGCAGCACUGAUGGCUAUGGAAAAAGGGGUCAGAUGAAACCAUCUGUAGACUCCUACUCUGAAGAUGAUGAAGGAAAAUGGUGUGUCUACAGAAAAUAUCCAGCUGAUCUUGCCCAUAAGAUACACAAUGCAAAUCAUAUGGAGGAUGACGAUGGUGAUCUAGACACGCCAAUUAACUAUAGUUUGAAGUAUUCAGAUGAGCAGCUCAACUCUGGCCGACAAAGCCCAAGCCAGAGUGAGAGGUGGGCAAGGCCCAAGAUUUUGGAGGAUGAAAUAAAACGCUCUGAACACAAUCCACCCAGGUCCCAGAGCCCAGGGUACCCAAUGUACACAGAGGGAAAUGGUGAAAGUGAAGAUAAGCUUAAAAAAUACCAGCCCCUGUUUGUUCAACAGGACAUAUCUGGAGGAUUCCGAUCCAGGGGACCUAACGAGCAAAGUAGCAGUGCAUCUGGUCAUGGAAUGAACAAAAAAAUUAACCAAACAAUUUGCACUGUGGAUGAUUUUGGUGAUGACAAACCAACUAACUACAGUGAGCGCUAUUCAGAAGAGGAACAACUUGACGAGCAGCCUACUAAUUACAGCAUAAAAUACACUGAAGAUCACCAUGUGGAACAACCUAUUGAUUAUAGUCUGAAGUAUUCCGAUACGUCCUCUAAAAAGCCAGUGUUCAGUCAUUCAAAAGCAUCAUCUUCACAGAGCUCUGUCAAGGACCAGUUAAGCCAAGACAGUUCGUCUUCUGUUUCAUCAAUAAAAACUCAGAAUAGGCAAAAACAGCUCCAGCAACCCUCAGCUCAGACUCGACCGGGGCCUGGCAGGUCGGUUCAAAAGACCACUUGUAAGGCUCCAACAAUAAAUCAAGAAACAUUGCAGACCUAUUGUGUGGAGGAUACACCUAUAUGUUUCUCAAGGGGGAGCUCCCUAUCAUCCUUAUCUUCUGAAGAUGAAAUGGAGAGCUGUAAGCAGAAUGUCAAUGCAGCUAGUAACUACACGACUUUGCCUGUUGCCGAGAAAUCAUCCAGUAAUGUUCCGGAUCAGCGCACAACAGAAGGUCAAUCAUCCAGCCAUUAUGUCAGAAUGAAGCCACCACGACACCAAGGAUCUCAUGUUGGGCAUGGUGAGGGUUCCAGACAUCAGAAAGCAGUAGAAUUUUCAUCAGGUGCUAAAUCACCAUCAAAAAGUGGUGCUCAGACCCCCAAAAGUCCGCCUGAACAUUAUGUGCAAGAGACCCCUCUUGUGUUUAGCAGAUGCACUUCUGUCAGCUCUCUUGACAGCUUCGAGAGCCACUCCAUUGCAAGCUCAGUACAGAGUGAGCCAUACAGUGGAAUGGUCAGUGGCAUAAUCAGCCCUAGUGACCUGCCUGAUAGCCCCGGCCAAACGAUGCCACCCAGUCGUAGCAAGACACCUCCACCACCACCCCCACGUACAACAUCCAUAAAGCAGAAAGUUAGCGUGCCGCCCCAUGCCGAAAAACGUGACUUGGCACCAAGGCAUGCAGCUGUCAGUGCUGCUGUGCAAAAGGUGCAAGUGCUUCCAGAUAAUGACACACUUCUACAUUUUGCUACAGAGAGUACUCCAGAGGGAUUUUCAUGUGCCUCUAGCCUCAGUGCAUUAAGUCUGGAUGAGCCUUUUAUUCAAAAGGAUGUUGAGCUAAAGAUAAUGCCCCCGCUUCAUGAGGAUGACCACGGAAACAAGACAGAACCAGAGAAAGAAGACACUAACGAAUCUAAGAGGCCAGAGAAGCCUCCAGCAACUACUGAAUCUGAGAAAGACAUAUUGGAUGACUCUGACGAUGAUGAUGAUGAUAGAGAGAUACUAGAAGCGUGUAUAAAUUCAGCCAUGCCAACAAAGUCCUCGAGAAAACCCAAGAAGCAAACACCCCCGAACACUUCAAGAAUACCACCACCAGUGGUCCGUAAACCAAGCCAGCUCCCUGUUUAUAAACUACUCCCCUCACAAAACAGAGGACAACUGCAAAAACACAUGGCAUUAACACAUGGAGAGGACAUGCCUCGGGUAUACUGUGUAGAAGGAACACCUACUAACUUCUCCACAGCAACAUCUCUUAGUGACCUUACUAUUGAUUCACCUCCAAAUGAGUUGGCUACUAUUGAAAUUCCAGCUCCCCAAGCAGAGGCAUCAAAUCAAAAACGAGACACUGUCCCAGAGGGUAAAAGUGCAGAAACAGCGGAUAUUUCUGCAGCUUUUGACGCGCAGUGUGUUCCUGGUGAGAAUGAAGGUGAUGACAUUCUUGCUGAGUGCAUCAACUCAGCAAUGCCAAAAGGUAAAACACACAAGCCAUUCAGAGUGCAAAAAAUGUCAGAUCAACCUCAGCAUCCACCAACUGCUACUGGCAGUCUAGUUCAGCAAGAGUUUGAAAAGAAAAAGCCAACUUCUCCUGUAAAACCAAUGCCACAAAGCAGCGAAUAUAGAGCAAGGAUGCUUAAGCGACCAGAUGCCUCUAGCAACUUAUCAGAAGCAGCAUAUCCUGAUAAAAAUACAGAAACAAAAAAACUAGAGUCUAAAGCAGGCCCCAGAGCAUUGGCAGAUAAGCCUCUGAAUACUGAGGAACGUGCCCGUCCAGGUUUUGCCUUUGAUUCUCCGCACCAUUACACACCAAUUGAGGGUACUCCUUAUUGCUUUUCUCGCAAUGACUCACUAAGCUCACUUGACUUUGAGGACGACGAUCUUGACCUUUCCAAAGAGAAGGCUGAGCUCCGAAAAGAUAAGGAACAAAGAAAGCUUCCACCUUCAAAGAGUAACGGAGAGCAUUCUGGAAACACUAACAGAGUGGCCACAUUUCAGAGUGCCCCAGCAAAGGGCCUUCAAAAACCAGGUUUUUCACUUGCAUCCAAAGAAAAUACUGGAACAGUGCCUGAUGAAAAGCAGAACUUUUCAAUAGAGGACACCCCAGUGUGUUUCUCAAGAAAUUCCUCUCUCAGUUCUCUUAGUGAUAUUGACCAAGAAAACAACAACAAAGAUUGCUCACACAAAGAGGACACAUCACAAGUAGAUAUGCCAAGGCCUCAAGCCUCUGGCUAUGCACCAAAAGCCUUUCAUGUGGAGGAUACUCCUGUAUGUUUCUCUCGAAAUAGUUCUCUUAGCUCACUCAGUAUUGAUUCUGAGGAUGACCUCCUACAAGAGUGCAUCAGUUCUGCAAUGCCAAAGAAAAAGAAGCAACCACCUAGAAGUAAGAGUGAUGACCAAGGUGUUAAGGAGGAGAAAAGCAUGUUAGCUGAUGGCAUUUUAGCAGAGGAACCAGACCUCAUACUGGAUCUCACAGAUACACACAGUCCUAUUUCAGAGCAAGCCUUGUCUCCAGACUCUGAAUCUUUUGACUGGAAAGCCAUUCAAGAGGGUGCUAAUUCAAUUGUUAGCAGUCUGCACCAGGCUGCAGCCAGUCUAUCCAGACAAGGGUCGUCUGAUUCAGAUUCUAUCCUUUCUCUUAAAUCUGGCAUUUCCAUUGGAUCCCCUUUCCACCUGCCCUCAAAUCAAGAUGACAAUAAGCUACCUGCCCAUAAAGGACCAAGAAUAUUGAAACCGGGUGAGAAAAGCACUUUAGAGACAAAAAAGAAAGAGGAGGAAUCUGCUAAAAGCCUAAAAGGUGGUAAGAAAGUGUAUAAAAGUCUUAUCACCGGAAAACCACGACCUAGUCUUGAGACCAUGACUUCUCAACAGAGACAAGCUCAAGUUCCUGUAGUUUCAAGAGGAAGGACAAUGGUUCAUGUCCCUGGUGUGAGAAGCAGUUCUCCCAGUACCAGCCCUAUUCCAAAAAAGCCUCCUACCCGUGGACAAGCCACAAAACCCCCAGCUCCUCAGGCACCAAAUUCUGGAAACUCUCCCAGGACUAUGAAGACACCAUCUAAAUCAGACCCUAGUCCUGCCAGAGAACCAGCUGCCUCCCAAGGAGGAUCAAGUAAAACCUCCUCUCGAUCAGGAUCAAGAGAUUCCACACCAUCUAGGCCGCCCCAGCAAUCCUUAGCUAGACCCAUGCAGUCUCCUGGUCGUACCUCUGCCUCACCAGGUAGGAAUGGUCUAACUCCACCAAACAAAUUCUCUCAGAUACCACGUACUGUUUCUCCAAGUGCAGCUUCCAAACCAUCUGGUAGAAUGUCUUACCCCUCUCCAGGGAGGCAGCUCGGUCAGCAAACACCUCCGAAACAUAGUGGCUUGCCAAGAAGCACCAGUGGUAUACCCAGGAGUGAAUCUGCCUCAAAAAGUCUAAAUCAGUGUGGAGCCACAGGCCCUUCCAAAAAAGCAGAGCUGUCUCGAAUGUCUUCCACAAAGUCAAGUGGGAGCGAGUCUGACAGAUCAGAGAAACCUGGACUUGUUCGUCAAUCCACAUUUAUUAAAGAAGCUCCUAGUCCAACCCUGAAAAGGAAAUUAGAGGAGUCUGCUUCUUUUGAGUCUUUGUCUCCUUCCUCUCCUAGUCAGUCUCAAACACCUAUUUCAAGCCCGUCCUUACCAGACAUGUCUCUCACUCUGCCCUACCAAGGAAGUGGCUGGAAAAAGUCCCCUCAAAGCCAAAACUCUUCUGAAAAUGGAGAUGGGAAGUCACUUAGACGGCAUGACAUCUCCCGAUCCCAUUCAGAGAGCCCCUCAAGACUCCCAAUUAACAGAGGAGGGACAUGGAAAAGGGAGCACAGCAAACAUUCGUCCUCUCUCCCAAGAGUAGGUACUUGGAAAAGAACAGGCAGCAGUUCCUCUAUACUAUCUGCAUCGUCUGAGUCUAGUGAAAAGGGCAGAAGUGAAGAUGAACGUCAGCCUGCUAAUCCACCUCAGCGAUCUGGACAGAACAAGGAUGGGGGACUAGAAAGGAAAGGAACAUGGAGGAAAAUAAAAGAUAAUGAAACGGGUCCCUCAAUGACUCUAGACUUACCUGAUCCAACUAGUGAUGUACGCACAGCACAUCAGACGAGUACCACAGCGUCUAAACCUGAGGAUGUCUGGGUGAGGAUUGAAGACUGUCCUAUCAACAGCCCUAGGUCUAGUAAGUCACCAACAGCAAACACACCUCCAGUAAUUGAUGGCUUGUCUGGAAGACUACAUCCUAGUGAUUGGGACUUGAGUGAAGUGCAUCAUAAGCAGCCAACGGCCAAUGAGAAUGCAGCCAGUCGACGUCUUGGUUCAGAAACUAAUUUGAACUUAAUCCGAAGUAGUGAGAGUCUUGACAAAAAGGUGACUGACAUCAAGCCUGUUUUAAGCACUCCAAAUAUUGCUACAGAAGUUCAUGAAAUUGCGAUUGCAGAGCGUACACCUUUCAGCUCAACCAAUUCCAGCAAACACAGCUCCCCUAGUGGUGCUGUUGCUGCUAGGGUUAGUCCUUUUAACUAUACACCAAGCCCUAGAAAGAGCAGUGCUGACAGCACAACGCCGAGGCCAUCUCAGAUCCCCACUCCAGUUAACAGCAAUGUAAAAAAGAGAGACUCUAAAGGAGACACAACUGAAAGUGGGUCCUAUAUUGUCACCUCAGUGUAAAAAUUGUGUUAAUAGACCAGACAAUACUUGGAACGUGUUUUGCUCAUCUCUGUGGGAGGAAGAACUGUUUAAACAUAUUGUAGUCUAAGCGAAUAUACGGUUGUGUACUUUUUGCUGGUAGAAUUGUGACAGGCACACGUGAUUAUCUGAGGAGGAGGAGCAGGAUAUUGUUUGUCAAUUUGUACAGAUUUAAUUAUGUAUAUAUUUAAUUUAAACUGGUGACAAGAUCAUAUCUUGCCUAACUUGAGAUAGAUAAUUACAGUGGAGUAUUUGGGAUGAUAUCUUUUGGUUGACUGUCCUUACUAAUGCAUUUGAUUUUUAAGGAACUGUACACCUGCAUUAAUUCAAAUGUCAAACUCAUUUUUACUGCCACAUAUUGUAUGUUAUGACUUCUGCUCCUUGCAUGAUCUCAUCGAAUGUUCUACUAUUUCCUGAAGUAAAGUUGAACAUUGAUGUGGACACACAAUGUGCUGAUAGCUGUAGUGUAACAUUUUACACUUUUGUCUGUGCUUUUGAAAGUGAGGAAUUAACUACGAAAAACAAACAUGUCGGAGGAUAUUUACAAUGGACAUAGAUUAUAAAAAAUAAAUAGAUUCAUUGCUCUGCUAUUUGUGUACAACAUUUCCAGUUGAGGUGAGUGUUUUAAAUUGACACUUUGGUCUCUGAAGGACUGAAGUUGUUAGAAUUAAAUUAUUGUAGGUUUUGGUGUUGUUUUAUAAAACCUAAUUUACUUUGCCCAUUAUUCAGAGUUAUUGUUAAAGCACAUGAUCAGAUAUACUCUUUUACCAAAAUGCCACAUUGUUUUUUUUUUUUUUUUCUCAUGCAAUAAAGUAGGCUGAUUGAUGUUUGACAUACUUUUCAAAUUACAAAUGGCAAAUCGAUGUAAUAAACACCAUUUUGGUGAGA